CUUAAAAGCAAAACUACAAAUAUUACCACACAUCGAGGUUAAUACACAGCUCCGUAACUUUGUCGUUUUACCUUGCGACUUGCGUGCUUCCGUUUACGAAAUUCUAUAGAAAUUUUGUCAAACAAAAUAAAGGAGGGAAAUAUCAAAAUCUUGAGAUUUAUAGUUCCAAAUUGUUUCAUAAGAUCUGUCUAACUUUUUUAUGUGGACUUGUUGCUUGCCUGUAAUAUAAGAUUAGAUAAAUAGCCAAGUUGCAAGACAAACAAAUAUUUAAAGUGGAAAAAUGAAUGAAGAACGUUCAAGACACAAAUCAAUCCAAAGUGCAGCACAUCAUAUGGCAUUGGAAUGUCUACAUCCUCAGUCAACGCACGGCUCUCCCUAUCAUGUCCAUCCAUAUCCCUCUCCUGUCCGUCUGCAACAUGCAUUCCAAGCUCAGCAAAGUCCACAAAUGUUCUAUCCUAAGGGACUCAAGCCUCACAUUGAUCCAAGAGCGUUUGCUACACCAAGUGAAAGUCCGAUAUUGGGUAGAGCUCUGUGCCUUACUCCGAAAGGCAGCCCUAUUCCUGGCCGUGUCUCACACCUCAAUGAAAAGUUCCAAGACUCUCUCACUCUCAAUUCGGACACUGAUGCUCUUGUUGCUAAAAUAAGUGCAAUGUUUCCUACUGUUAGUGAAACACAUAUAAAGAUUUUACUAAGAAAGUAUUACAAUCGUGAAGCUGUAGUAAUCAGUGCUCUACAAGUGGAGAAACAUCCAAUCACUACCCCAGGCCCAUUAACAAUGUCGCCCUUGACAGCGCGCCUGCAAAAGGGUGCUCUCGGAGUGUACUCAGCAUUGCAAUUAGCCAAAGGGAUGUCUGGAUCAAUGCACAGUUCAAAUCAUUUUACACCACUAACGGGCACUCCACAAGGAUCACCACUAUUGCUACGUCCUACUUCUGGUGCUUCAAGCUAUUAUGGUACUACAAAAGUUGCAGAUGCACAACAAACGAAACAUCAGUCACCAAAAAUGAAAUUGAAAUAUUUAAAAAGUGUAUUCCCAAAAGCCGAAGAAACUGUGAUCCUGGAUAUAUUAGCUAAUAAGGACAACAAUGUGCAAAAGGCGAGCGAAGAACUUAUUUCUAUGGGUUUCACAAAGAAAGAGACAAUACUGGCACAACAAAAGAAAAAAGAUAAGGAAACGCCUCCACCGCCUAAGAAAGUUAUUAUAAUGAAGACUGCUGAAGAAAAAGAUGCGUUGAAGCGAGCACUUCAGAACAAAUAUAGUAAAGUGGCCGAGAGAGUUGUAUCAAUUGCAUUAGAAAGUGUAGACUUCAACGAAGAAAGGGCCGAGCAGAUAUUAAUGGCUGUUGAACAGGAGGAGGAGACACCAAAAGCCACUGCAACCACAGAACUCAAAGAUAUGAGGCGACCAGAUACCGUAGAGUUAACAAAAGGGCCCAUUUUGAAAACGACCCGCAAUGCCGAACCGAAACACAAAUCUCAGUAUUCUGUGCCAAAUGUAGGAGCCAAUCCGCUAAUUCGGCAGGGACCUAAGGAUAGCCUGCUUUUGGAAGACUACAUGACCUGGAAUGGUCCAAAUCCUGACCUUCGUAGCGGACCUUCCGUCAAACCAGAUGGGCCGGAACCAAGAGGCAGAUCGUGCUCCUUGGCCCUUGGCCCGUCUGGUAUUGCCAAAGGAGCAGGUGGUUUGGCGAAAGGAUCUAUAUAUCAGAAACAUAACAAGAAAUCUGCUAAAAUAGUGGUUUAGAUCCUCCUUACUCCGGAAAGUAGCGGCGAAUUUCGAGUGCAAUAGUCAAAACAGAUUUUUUUUUUUUAUUAAUAU